UUUACAAUGGUCCAAGUGGUCACCCCCCUGUGACCCUGUCGCAGGUUCGUUGUAACGACAGGCCCCAAGUGGGGUGGUGGUGGUGGUGGUCCGGCCGCCAUGACCUAAGUGUUCACCCCGUUAUUAGAUUUUCAAUUUAGCCAUUGGGUUUCCUCUCGCCACAUGUCGCAGUGUCUUUGAAACCUUAAAAGCCAAAACGACACGCACGACGCAAAAUUCUCUUAGCAACGGACACCUGUUCCUAACGUUCCAACCGCCACAACUUUCUCACAAAGACGUGCGUUUCCGAAGGCCAUUUUCCCACUCAGUGUUGUCAAAACGCAAUCAAAGACGAAGCGGAAAAUGGAGAAGAGAGCGUCUCUGGGGGUACAGAGGAGAAAGCCCAUUAAGCGUAGCAAGAAGAAGUUGCUUAAGAGAGUAGUAGACUAUCUCAGAUCGGAUUCUUACAUGUUUGCUCCUCUCGUCUCUCCCCGAUCUAAGACUUUUCGUUCUUCUGCUAUAGGAGUGGAAGUAAAAGAACCCAUCAAGGAACCCAACAACAACAGGUUGCUCAAGAAGAUUGGGGAGUAUCUGAAGUCUGAUUCUUACAUGUAUGCUUCCUUGGUUGCUUCUUCUCAAUCAAUUAGUCCUCCUAUAGGACCUUCACAGUGCAUGAAUAGGGUCACAAUGGCCGUUUUCAAAAGGAGAGUGACUAUGGUAGAGAAUGAACCAACGGAUCAUUCGACUGAUGAAGUAGCAGAGGAUCAAAUGGCCAAGAGCUUUCUUCACAAAACAAGAAUUUCUGAAGAACACAAUUUUCACAGAGAAACUGUGAAGCGCAUGGUUUUCCGAAACUGUCGUUCUAUAUCUGUAUCAGGAAAGGAGAGGCUCAACUCACGGCUAAGGAAAGUUGUCGACUGAAAAGUUGGUACAUCAAUGAGAAAUAUACAUCAUAGUUAUUAGUUGUAUUCUGUUGCAAGUGGGAUAAUGAAAGCUGUAGCUAAAACAUAUGCUGAUGUGGUGUUCAUGAGUUUGUAUAGUUUCUUAAUUUUGAAGCAUAAUGUUUUUUAUAUUUGAACUUGGCAAGCUUUAGU